AGGUAGACAGAAGGUGAGAGGGAGGGGAGAAGAAGGGUAUUUAUGGUGGUGCAGAUCUGAUGAUAUGCAUUUACAGUUAUGGCUUUCUACAAAGUGAUCUGUGUGGCAGCUCUGCUGACUCUCCUGACACAAGAGUCUCAGUCACAACUAGAUGUUUGUGGCAUUGCGCCACUAAACACCAGGAUUGUAGGAGGGGUGAAUGCUCCUGCAGGGUCGUGGCCCUGGAUGGCUAGUCUGCAGAGCUGCGGAUUUCAUUUCUGUGGAGGCUCCUUGAUCAAUGACCAGUGGGUCCUGAGUGCUGCUCACUGUUUCUCCAGGACCAGCACAUCCGAUCUCAUCGUUUACCUCGGACGUGACUCCCAGGAGCUCUCGAACCCUAACGAGGUGUCGCGGACUGUUUCCAAGAUCAUCAUAAAUCCCGACUAUGACGCCUACUCAUACAACAACGACAUAGCCUUGUUGCAGCUGUCCUCACCUGUUACCUUCACAGACUACAUCAGCCCAGUGUGUUUGGCAGCAGAUGGCAGCGUCUUUAAUUCAGGGACGACCUGCUGGGUCACCGGAUGGGGAAACAUCCAAGAUAACGUUUCACUUCCUUACCCAGACUAUCUGCAGGAGGUUAGUGUUCCCAUCGUGUCCAACAGUGAUUGUAAUGCUAUAUACGGUUUAAUCACAAACAACAUGAUGUGUGCCGGUUUCCCCCAGGGAGGAAUGGACGCCUGCUACGGGGAUUCAGGCGGCCCGUUGGUAAGUAAAACUGGCUCUAUCUGGGUCCAGGGAGGAGUGGUGAGUUUUGGAGUACCCUGUGCUCUGGCCAACUUCCCCACAGUCUACACCCGAGUGUCCCAGUUUCAGUCCUGGAUCAACAGCCAGAUCACCACCAACCUGCCGGGCUUUGUCGUCUUCACGGGGAACACUUCAAACUCUGACAGCGCUACAACCUCUGAGAGCAGUUUUACCUCUGGCAGCAGUACAACCUCUGGCAGCACUACAACCUCUGGCAGAACUAUAACCUCUGGUAGCACUACAACCUCUGGCAGAACUAUAACCUCUGGUAGCACUACAACCUCUGGCAGAACUAUAACCUCUGGUAGCACUACAACCUCUGGCAGAACUAUAACCUCUGGUAGCACUACAACCUCUGGCAGAACUAUAACCUCUGGUAGCACUACAACCUCUGGCAGAACUACAACCUCUGGUAGCACUACAACCUCUGGCAGAACUAUACCUCUGGUAGCACUACAACCUCUGGCAGAACUAUAACCUCUGGUAGCACUACAACCUCUGGCAGAACUAUAACCUCUGGCGGCACUUCAACCUCUGGCAGCACUACAACCUCUGGCGGCACUUCAACCUCUGGCAGCAGUACAACCUCUGGAACCUCUCACCUGGUUUCCCUCUCAGUUCCUCUGCUGCUGUCCAUCUCCCUCUUUGUCCUUUCAUAUUUAAUUGUUUUUGUUUAAGGAUUACCAAGAUGUCUGGUUAUAAUUUUGAUUUGACUAUUUUUUCACUUAACUGAUUAAUUGUUUUGUCUUUAAAAUGAAGAUGUGUAAGCAUGUUAAAAUUAGUAUGUUAUUUGACAUUUGAAUUGUAAGGUUGUAAUAGGUUUGACUGACGUAUUAGUAAAUAAUAGGGGUGUGGAAAGACACUUUGCUCACGAGACGAGACAAUCAUUUUGAGCAUUAAACAUCUAAUUUCCUGUAUUCAUGUGAAUUCGUCUGCACCAAUUUAUGGUGGAAACAUCUUUAUUUAUGUAAAGGGAAGCACACUUGGCAGGUGACAUUUCAAAAUCUGAAACUAUAACAGAAUCUAAGUUAGUCCAGCUCUCAGUCAUUCUUUGCUGCUUUCAGAUCGGUUUCUCCUGUUGAUGAACUUUUUAUUUAUUUAAUCAUCCCUGCUGAGUCAGCACACAUGCAGGCAUGAUUUAGUCUUCCCUUCUCUUUGUGUCUUUGUUUGGGGAAGUCACCUCUUAAAGUGUGCAUUCGGCACCUUUUCAUCUCAAUGAGAAUUAAUUAAUAAGAUUAAUUCAGUUUUAAUUCAGUUAGAAACUCCUGGACUUUAAUAGCUCCUGUGUUUCAGUAGGUUUUCUGCUCAUAUUCAAAACUUUCUGCACAUUCAGAAUCUCUCCCACAGAUCUGUGCUCUGACUGAGCAGUAAGUCGUAAUAUUACAAGACUAAUAGAAUAAUAUUUUAAAAGGCUACCUGCCCUGUACUCCGCUGUGCAUUGUGUUAUUGCUCUGCUGAUAGUUUCCCCUUCAGACUGUUUGGGACUGCGUGUUGCAUGUGAAACUAACCAACAACAAAUUGUGAUCAGGCAGAAAUCUCACCAAAAAUCAAUACAUUUUAACUUCAGCACCUCUGAUAAAGUGCAGCUCACAGUCCCAAAAAGGGCAAACUUGCGCCUCAGUUUUUAAAUGUUUAAAAAUUAGAAUCAGAAUCAGAUAACAGGUACAAUUUCACAGACAAUGAGUUUGCCUUGGUAUAUUGGGCACAUAAACAUAAAUAUGAAAAUACAGAAAAAGUACAAAAAUCCAAAUGUACAAGUGUACAAAAAAAUGCUUUAUGACCAAUAAGGAUUAGUGCAAUAAUGCAACUAUACUACCUAUGUGACCACUUCUUCACACUAUCUGUUGUUAUACAUUGACGUUAGUUAUACAUAUAUAUAUAUUUGUUUUUCACUACAUGAUAAAAUUGAUGUUUGGCGUGACAGCGUGUGGAUGUCAAUCAAUAUAAUAGUUCAAUUUAAAAGUUUAAAAUUCUAUUGUAAAAUGUAAUUAUUUAUUUAAAGACAGAAUGAUAUAAAAUUAGUUAUUGAUGAAUAUGAUUCUGUUUUUACACUUCAUCAUUUAAAUAAAGCUCUAAAGAAUCAGUUUCACAAAGCUCCUUUUAAAAGUGUUGUAUUUAUUAAUUUUUGGUUGUAAUUAAACACUUAAAGAUUAUAAUUA